ACGCCGGGGUUGGAGGGGAGGGAACAGCCCGCGCCUGGGACGCGCUCGGCUCUGCGGGGCCGGCAGCGGCGCAUUCCCACCGGGCACGCCGGAGGGACCGUCGAAUCUGGGGAGACGCGGGGCAGGGAGGUGUCUCGAGGCAUGCACGGGUUGUCUUCCGCGGCGAGCACGGUCAUAAGGUGCUCCCGUCCCGCGCGUCGCCUCAGGCGGUCCUCAGAGACCAGUCUGAGCACGAGGUGGUCUGGAAAUGGCCCAGAGGGGGAGCGACGCGUCGGAGGUCAGACGGCACAGCCGCAGCCCGGGAACCGUCCGGCCUGGGGGUGGAGGCCACAAUUUGGGAGCCCUCGGGAGGGUUCUCUCAGCAGGUACAUCAGGUCCAUGCUGCUACUGGCUCGGGGGCCCAAGGCUUGGCAUGGGCUCUCUCAGCUUAAAUCCAGAGUCCUCCCUGGGACCCCAGGAAGCCAGGCCCUGCAUUUAAAGCCCUGGCUCUCAGCAAGGCGGGGCCCUGCAGAGACCAGUGGGCAGGGCCAGCCCCAGGGCCCUGGGCUACGAACCAGGCUUCUGGUCACAGCCCUUUUUGGGGCCGGACUGGGCGGGGCCUGGCUGGCUGCAAGGGCGGAAAAGCAGCAGUGGCAGCAGCAACGGCGAACAGAGGCCCUGCGCCAGGCGGCUGUGGGCCAGGGUGAUUUCAGCCUGCUGGACCACCGAGGCCAGGCUCGCUGCAAGGCUGACUUCCGGGGCCAGUGGGUGCUGAUGUACUUUGGCUUCACUCACUGCCCCGACAUCUGCCCGGAUGAGCUAGAGAAGCUGGUGCAGGUGGUGCAGCAGCUGGAAGCCAAGCCGGGCCUGCCUCCAGUGCAGCCUGUCUUCAUCACCGUGGACCCCGAGCGGGACGACGUUGCCGCCAUGGCCCGGUACGUGCAGGACUUCCACCCGAGGCUGCUGGGCCUGACAGGCUCCACUGAACAGGUUGCCCAGGCGAGCCGCAGCUACCGUGUGUACUACAGCGCAGGCCCCAAGGAUGAGGACCAAGACUACAUUGUGGACCACUCCAUCGCCAUCUACCUGCUCAACCCCGACGGCCUCUUCACUGACUACUACGGCCGGAGCAGGUCAGCCGAGCAGAUUGUAGACAGUGUGCAGCGGCACAUGGCUGCCUUCCGCAGCGUCCUGUCAUGAGCUGCCACCGCCUGUCAUUAAAUGGGGUGUGUUUUCA